CACAAGCGAAGGAAGGAAGAGGAAAGGAAAGGAAGGACCACAGAACAAGCACACGCGCAGACAGUGAACGGACAUCAUGCUGGCGAUCCUGAUGACGCGAGGAGCCGUGCGGCGGGCAGUCAGGGCAUCCAGUGUGCUGAGGAGAGCGACAGCGUGCGCAAGCACCUCCGGAGGCUCGGGCUACGCAGACCAUUCCAAGGCCCACUUGGCCCAGGCAGAGGAGAUUGUACGUGUGCCUUUGGUGAUGGGCACCCCAGAGGCCCUCAAGGGCUAUGCCUACACCUUCCCCGCAACCCGUGAGGCCUUCGAUCAGGCUGAAGUCACGAUUGAGCAGUGGCCAACCCUUCCAGGCAGGCGCCCUCUGUGCCCAGACAGCGGCAAGGCCGGCGGCGUGCGAGAGGGCCUGUUCACGUUCCAGUGGAUUGGCGAUGAGCUGCGUGCCAUCAACGAGGCUGUCGACGGCAACUACGUCACGGGACGCAUCUUGGAGGCCGAGUAUGCUCCCCAGGCGGCGCGUGUUGGUGUGGUGACGCGCGAGGCAAACUACCACCCCGACGGCGGCCAGAUUGUGUGUCCACGUGAUGGCUCGCCCUUUGUCGCGUUGCUUGCUCUCCCCAACGAAGCCAUCGCCCCGCAGGACUUUGUUGCCUUUUACUGCGACGGCUCCUUUGGCAUCCACAUCAACACCAAUGUGUGGCAUCAGCCCGUGUACCCCAUCAGCGACACCGCCGCGUUCUAUGGCAAACAGGGAGCGGUGCAUGCGUGCGCUGCCUACGAUUCCGUGGAUGAGCACGGCAAGUGGCUGUACGUGCCACUGGACCCGGCACAGGCCGUGCCACUGCCAGGCCACCUGAAGGCCGCCGAGGCAUUCUAAGCAACACAACUGCAGACACACAUGCGCACACACAUGCGCGCAGUCUGUCGAUGCAUGCCAAGAUUGGAUGCGUUAUGUGCGAUGAAGAAGGUCCAUCUGUUAGCUCCACCACCAAACCACGUUACCACCAAGCCGCUUGCUCGCUUGCUCAGCGGCUUGUUACAUACACCUGCUGCAUGA